CUCGGCUUCGUCUCCGCCACUGGGUUCCCUGCACAGCACAGCUUGCCUUGUGUUUGACUGAGGACGCAGAGGGUAGCAGCGUAGGCGGCCUGACCCAUGGAGGACGAGGUGACGGAGUUGCAUUCCAUCCCCCCGACGCCGCCUCCGGAAUUGGCAGCGAUGAUUGCAGCUCAUUCUCGCCCGCCGGUCUCCGCUCCUCCAUCUCAGCUCCACUCUCCGUCGCUCACGCGGUCGCCCCUGCUGCCUUCGGCGACCCCGCGGUCGGCCACCCCGCGGACGGCGACGCCGCGCACGCCGAGGACGCCCAGCCGCUUCAUGCGCACGCCGCUGGCCAGCCCCAUGCGGAAGGCCGUGGUCAGCAUGCGCGGGUACCUGGAGGAGAUCGGCCACCUGACCAAGCUCGACCCCCAGGACGCGUGGCUCCCCAUCACGGAGUCGAGGAACGGCAACGCCUACUACUCCGCCUUCCACACCCUCACCUCCGGUAUCGGCUUCCAGGCACUCAUCUUGCCGGUCGCCUUCACCUACCUCGGCUGGACGUGGGGAAUUUUGUGCUUGACCAUGGCAUAUAUUUGGCAGCUUUUCACCCUCUGGAUGCUUGUCCAACUCCAUGAAUCUGUUCCUGGAACCCGCUACAGCAGAUAUCUGGAAUUAGCAAAAGCUACCUUUGGUGCAAACCUGGGUAACUGGCUAGCCCUGGGUCCAAUCCUGUACCUAUCAGCUGGGACUUGCACUGCCCUCAUCAUUGUGGGAGGAGGCAGCAUGAGGCUCUUCUUCAGCAUUGUCUGUGGCCCGACCUGCGACUCUAACCCGCUCACGCCCAUUCAAUGGUACCUAGUCUUCACCUGCCUAGCAGCCGUUCUGUCUCAGCUCCCCAACCUCAACUCCAUUGCCGGAGUCUCCCUCAUUGGCUCCGUCACUGCUGUCUCUUACUGCACCUUGAUCUGGGUCAUCUCUGUGGCCAAAGGCAGCCUCGCGGGAGUCUCCUAUGGCCCAAUGAAAGGAAGUGGGAUCGACAGAGUGCUCGGCAUCAUUAAUGCUCUCGGUAUCAUUGCUUUCGCAUUCAGAGGGCACAAUCUUGUGUUGGAGAUUCAGGGCACGAUGCCAUCGAGUCUGAAGCAUCCUUCACACAUUCCGAUGUGGAGGGGAGUGAGGGUGGCUUAUGUGAUCAUAGCGCUCUGCUUGUACCCCAUCGCAAUUGGUGGUUUCUACGCUUACGGAAAUAUGAUACCUGCAAGUGGGAUCUUGACUGCCCUAAACGCCUUCCACGGCGCCGACACCUCCCGCGCCCUGCUGGGGCUCACCACGCUCCUGGUCAUCAUCAACAGCCUCAGCACCUUCCAGAUCUACGCCAUGCCCGUGUUCGACAGCAUGGAGUCCGGCUACACCAACCGCAACAACCGCCGGUGCCCGUGGUGGCUCCGCGCCUCCUUCCGCGCGUUCUUCGCCGGCGUGAACUUCUUCGUUGCAGUGGCCUUCCCCUUUCUGGCCGACCUCGCCGGACUCAUCGGGGGGCUCGCGCUGCCCGUCACAUUCGCAUUCCCCUGCUUCAUGUGGCUGAUCGUGAAGAAGCCGGAGCGAUACAGCGCCAUGUGGUACAUCAACUGGGCGCUGGGGAGCGUGGGGAUGGCUCUGAGCAUGAUCUUGGUGACUGGGGGGAUCUGGAACUUGGUGAAGGCGGGGAUCAACCUACGCUUCUUCAAGCCGCAGUGAUCGUUCUGCGGAGUGGAAAGGAGCGAAAGAGAAAGAAUCGCUAGUGUUAUUGAUGUGACGAUAUUACGCGGUGUGUCAUUUGGACAGAUAUUACGAUAGCUUUUCACUUUAA